AUGAGGUGCAGUAGCAAGAGUUGUGUCCUGGCUGCUCUGAUGUCAGUGCUGCUACUCUACCUCUGCAGCAAGUCAGAAGCAGCAAGCAACUUUGACUGCUGCCUCCGAUACACAGAACAUGUCCUUCCUACCAGAUUCAUCAUGGGCUUCACACAGCAGCUGGCUGAUGAAGCUUGUGACAUUAAUGCUGUCAUCUUUCACACAAAAAAGAGGUUAUCUGUAUGUGCAGAUCCAAAGAAGAGUUGGGUGAAAAGGACUGUGCGUAUCCUCAGUCAAAGAGUCAAGAAGAUGUAG